AUGGCUGCUAAGAAAGAAGCAACCGAGCCGACCUUGCUGGCGUCACCACUUUCAACCCCUGACGUUGUUGACCAGCCCAGCGGCACCAAAUCGUCUGAAGCUUCGGAGACAGACAAGCUGCCUGAUGUGCUGACAACUCCCACGGGCGACAUGUGGCCCCGGCCGUACUACUUCGAGGACGGCUUGCGGAGAGUUGCACCUUACCACUUCACCUACCACACAUGGGCCAAGGAACGGUGGCGCGGCCGAAAGCUAAUCGAGAUCUUUGAAAGUGAAUUCAGAGACCGCUCGAUAGAGUACUAUCGAUAUGCCAUGGAGACCGGAGCAAUCGUCGUCAAUGGCAAGGUUGUCGGUCCGGAUCAUGUGGUAAAGAAUGGGGACUUGGUGAACCACACCAUCCAUCGACAUGAGCCCCCCGUUACGGCUGAGCCAAUCCGCGUUGUUCAUGAGGACGAUGAAAUGGUCGUCGUCAAUAAACCCUCCGGCGUCCCGGUGCACCCUGCCGGUAGAUACAAGUACAACUCACUUAUUGAGAUUAUGAAGUCGGAGAGGGGUGAGCACUUCAUGACCUACCCAUGCCAUCGUCUGGACCGCCUUACCAGCGGACUUCUGUUCAUUGGGAAGACGCCGCAAGCUGCUGUCAAGCUCACCGACCAGAUCAGGGCUCGCACCGUGCGCAAGGAGUACCUGGCACGUGUGAUUGGCAAAUUUCCAGACGGCGAUGUGGUUUGCGACCAGCCCAUUCUCCAGAUAUCUCCCAGAUUGGGACUCAACCGAGUUCGUGCCAAUGGCAAAUCGGCUCGGACUGUCUUUAAGCGUCUUGCCUAUUACCCUCCAGCAAGCCGGAAUUGUGCAGAUUCGGAGCGGCCCAAGACCACUGAGGAGAUUGAAGAUGAAGAACGCCGACCUUGGCUCAGGAAGGAGGGCUACUCUAUUGUCCGUUGCUUGCCAUUGACAGGUAGAACGCACCAGAUUCGAGUGCAUUUGCAGUUCGUCGGACAUCCCAUUCAGAACGAUCCUCUAUACGCAAAUCAACGAGUAUGGGGUAUCAACCUCGGAUACAAUGACACGGAUGGACUUGAUAACCCGGACGAAGACAUCAUGUCGCGGUUAGAAAGAAUGGGCAAGGAAGAUAUAGCCGAUGCGGUGGCUUAUCACGAUGAAAUGGUGGAUUUGUAUCAAAAGAGACGAGCAGAGAAACUAUCUGGUGAGCAUUGCUCGGUAUGCGACACUCCCCUGUACACGGAUCCUGGAGAACAUGAGCUUUCGCUCUGGCUUCACAGCCUGCGAUAUGAGGAUGCCGGAGGUGCAUGGAGUUAUGUCAGUCCGAUGCCCGAAUGGGCCCUCCCUCCGGAGGGCACCAGCGGGCCAACGGAGGUCGGAGGAAUGGCGGAGUUGGUGGAGGCAGUCAAAGGUGAAGAGCCAGAGCUACCUUGA